AUGAACAGUGCAGCCAUUGAUAGGGUGCUUUACCAGGAAGACUACCGCAAAUACAAACUGGUACGAAAAGAAUUGGCUAUAUUUCUUGGAUCCCAGAAACUGGAUGCCUCGAAUCCGAAAUUUUACAUGUUGCUUGCUAAAAAUGUUCACUCCAAUGGUCUUCAUCUGUACCUGCCUCUUAUGAUGGCUGAAAUACUCGAAACCUCAGAUGUUGGCAACACUAGCGAUGCGAGUGUUGCCUAUAAAGUUCUUCUACAUUUUAAGCAUCACGAAAAGUUUCCCAUUUUGGCUCAAACCGCCGAGGGAACUACUCAAUCAUCUUUCGAGUUUCAGCUAAGCAGCACUUGCAACUGGGUUCAUGUUAUGCCCGUGGCCCAAUACCUUAUGGCUAGCACUCGACCCUCUGGUGAUUACUCCCAUUUGACGGGAGAGCAAAGACAAAAAAGAUUCAAUGGCGAAAAGGCAAGAAUCGCCGCAAGAGAGUACUUAAACGACCCCAAGUCCUCAAAAUCCACUGUAGCGUCUCGUUACGAGCUCUCACUUUCUACUUUGAAUGAUGCAAUUAAAAGACUACAGCGGCAGCGCGGUUUGGGUCACGAUGAGAAUGCAGAGCAAGUUAUCGACUAUAGGCAAACAACGGACAAAAUAGCACGCAAAAGAGUGGCCAGCGUAGCGCUGUUGAAUGUGUUGAACUCUCAAGUGUCUCCUUCCAAGAAAUGCAAAUUGGUCUCGCAAGUGAGCUUCAAGUACAAUAUUCCAGAAAGAACACUUCGCGAUAGGCUGAAAGAUUUCAAUCCAAGUAUCUCUCGAGUAGCCGAGGGCAUUAGGCGUCGCAAACUUUCUCCAUCGGUGGAACAAUUCCUCACAACAUUUUAUGCCAUAAGCAAUCUUCAAAAUUCACAAGUGACAGUUAAAGAAGCUGACGCGAUUUGUGAGCUUAUGGCAAAUACAACGAACUGCUCGGAUAUCAAAUUACUGAAUCACUCAUUAGGCGAUAACGAGACUAUUAGCCUGCGUGAAAUGCUUCGGCAUCACGAGAUCCAAUUGGGAAGAAAUUUCGGCUGGAGAUUCAGACAUCGCAAUGGAUUUACAUCUUCAAAAGCAAAACGUAUGGAAAAACACAGAUUGAAGGCAUCAGAUGUCAAUAACAUUGCAAUGUGGCUCAACGAGGACGCUUUCAAAAUUUUGAGCUCAACGCCAGCAGAAUUAAUAUUCAACGCAGACGAGAUUGGGUUUGCUCACACCUUGAACACAAUAAAUCAACAUUCCCGAUUUGUGAGUAUACGCAACCCAACUAAUGGUCAUAAAAAGGGAGUUGUAUAUAAGGUCAAAGAGGCUGAAGACAAUCCAAAAUCUCUGACCACGGUUACUGCAUGCGUUUCAGCAGCAGGCGCAAUCGUCGCUCCCAUGGUAACGGCCGCGUCGUCCAUCGCAAAAGAUAAAAGGGAUUGCCAUGUUUUCAAUCCGCGCUUUGAAGCUUUAGCAAGGUCUAAAUUACAUCCAGGUGUAGGCGAAAACGUUAACUUACUCUUUACUUCAAACGGCUGGAACAACCCUGCGGCCUUCUUAGAGUAUAUUAAGUGGUUUGACGCUCAUACAGUUGAUGUAGCUCAAGAUCACAGUGAUGGAGGCAGACUGCGGCAGCGAGUUCUUAUCGUUGACAAUCAUUUUUCGCAUUACUGCCCCUCAGUGCUCGAACUCGUUAGUAAAAGACGAAUUACCCUAUUACUGCUGCCGCCCAACACGACACACAUUCUUCAACCUUUGGAUGUCGGAGUUUUUAGUAACUUGAAAAAAAAGGUUCGUGCUCUCGCCACAGAGUGGUGCCCAGCGCCCACCUUGGGGCCAGAUGGUAAGCACCGACAUGGCCACUUUGAGAUCCUAUGCAAUUUCAUGAACGCACUUAACCAUACGCUUUUGCACGACUUUGAACACUCUACCGUUUGCCAAGCUUUCCGAACGGCUGGUAUAUACCCCCCCGAAAGAUCGCUGUUUAAUCCUGCAGUCAGAAAUGUGAUGAAACACUUUGACUCCCACGCUCGCAUGAAAGACAUCUUUCUCACCAAUAUUCUUCCACUGUCUCAUAAUGCAAGGUCGCAACCGCGUUCGAUUGCUGGCGCAAGGGUAUCAAACGAGGAUAGGUCUGAAGGUGCUCAAAAUGCACCCAGCCCAAUGGUGCCGUUGGUUAGAGACCAGGCUUUUUUCAUCGGAGAGGAAGAGCUGGAAAGUCUGGACUAUCUGUGUGUUAACCUAGAUGAAGUGCUUCAUUGCACGUCGAGAAGUGAUGACGAGGAGGGCGAAAGUGGUGUAGUAAGUGAAAGCAGGAUUGAAGCACAACAGCCAGCGCCCCCGCAAGCUGUACUGGACCAUGAGUUUCUGCAUAAAUUCACAUUCGAGGACGUCUUGAAAUUGAUCACAGAUCUCAUCAGCGGCGAAAACAGUGACGAAGGAAUGUCUUUGGUUCCCAAAUUAAUGGAGCGGCUGGAAAAAUGCUCGGAAAUAGCUUUCAGCUCCAAUUCACAUCUUACAAUCACGAAGGAACUCUUUUUGGAACAGCAAACGAACGUUAUGGGAAUUGUCAUGUAUCUGAUAUAUUUUGGUGCCUGUUUCCUCGGUUUACGCGAACAGACGAAGAUUGAGGAAACGCUGCAGAUCUAUGAGGGUAGGAGGGAUGUGAAUACAAGCACAACUGAUUCUAAAGGAAUUCCCGCCACUGAUGUCUUGAGAGAUUUAUCUAAGAAGCAAUUUUUCAAGCUUUUCCCGAAGGUGUCUGGAGAUGUUGACCAUGAUUUGGCCAGAAAAAUCUCAAUGAUCCAACAUUCAACGCAAAACACUACCUCAAUGAGUGAAGCGUUGGUGAAUGAACUGGGGUCCAGCGUAUGGGACUUUCUGCAGAGGAUGGUCAAGAACGAAAACUCCGUUCUGUCGUUACAAUCCGAAGACUUGAAAAAUAAGGUACUCACAAUGGCGGUAAAUGCACCUGAGGCACUGGCCAAGGCCGCCACCAUCCAAAGCAUGUUCGAUCAUAAGGGCGGCAUGCCAUUUAGUAGAAAGCAUUUACCUUUGGUGUCGAAGAUUGAAAGCCUUAGAUCAGUUCCAGAAGAGCUUUUGAACCCCACAUUAUCUGACCAAGAGUUUGAGUUGAAACUAUCAGGAUUACGAGAGGUCGCGACCCAAGCUCUUGAGGAGAUGAGCAGCAUUGACGAAGAUUCAGAUUCGCUGGAAGGUGACACUAUGACGGAAGAUGAUCCCCUUCAGGCUGAGGAGACUAACCAGAAAAUGCUUCAGAAUUGGUUUUUGGUCUAUCAUGUCGACAAUGUAGUAGACCGCAUUGCGAAAAGCAGGGAGAAUACGAAGUUGAGGUCCCAGAAUCAGUUAUACAGGCAGAAAAUUGAAGCCCUCACUCAGGUCAUAGCGGAUAUGGCUAACAACGUGCGCCAUUCAUCUAAUCAACUUUUUUACGAGGACCCUGAUCCGUUCUCGAACUGUGGAGUAGAGGACAAUCCAUUUAUAUAG